UUUUUUGCAAAUGGUAAUGUUGGUUAUUCAUUGUUUAUUAGUACAGCUAGUUUUACAUCUCUUCUUCUUUGAUGCAGAUUGAUGAGUAUGAAUGUGGUCCUGUACGUUGUCUGAAAGCUUUGUUUUAGUGCCAUGCCCUCAGUUAGAAACAAUAUAUCAUUCUUACUUUGUAAUUAAGCCUGAUACUGAAUUUCAUCUACGUAUCCCUUUCCAUGGAUACUCCUUCACCAUUCUCCCCUCCCUUUCCACUCCCAAAUACUAGCUCAAAGUUUCACUCUCUAAAUCUCCAGUGUUAUUUAGAGCAACCAGAAGCACAACAACAUCGGCUGCAGCCACAACAAGCUGCUGUUGAACAAGUAAAUGAUGAGUCUCUUCAUGGUUCAUCUAUCAAAAACCCCGAAUCAGGUGUUGAUUCUAAUCAUGUCUUUGUCAAUCAUUCAGCAACUGCAUACCAUGUUACUUUCAAUCAAGACUACGGCUGUUUUGCUAUCGGCACUGAUCGCGGUUUUGGAGUAUAUAACUGUGUCCCUUUCGGUGAGUCCUUUUGUCGAAACUUUGAAAAUAUAGGUGGUAUUGGAAUUAUUGAAAUGCUCUUUCGGAGCAAUAUAUUAGCCUUUGUUGGACAUGGAGACCAUCCACAAUAUCCCCGAAACAAGGUCAUGAUCUGGGAUGAUCAGCAAAGCCGUUGCAUCCAUGAGCUCUGUUUCCGGUCGGAGGUGCGCCGCAUCAGGCUUCGGAAGGACUGCCUCGUGGUAGUUCUUGAGCAUAAGAUAUUUGUCUACAAUUUUUCUAAUCUGGAGUUGUUGUUUCAAAUUGAAACAACUACAAACCCAAACGGGCUCUGUGAGGUUUCACAAACUGCUGAUCAACUUGUAUUGGUGUGCCCUGGUCUGCAAAAGGGUCAAGUUUGGGUCAAACAUAAUGCUUCAAAAAGCACAAAAUCUAUUUUAGCACAUGAUUCAGUUCUUGCAUGUUUUGCUCUUACGAGGGAAGGCAACCUGCUAGCAACAGCAAGCACCAAGGGUACACUAAUCCGGAUUUUCAACACGCUAGAAGGUACAUUGUUGCAGGAGGUAAGAAGGGGUUUGGAUAGAGCAGAAAUAUAUAGUUUGUCAUUCUCUCCAACUGCUCAGUGGCUAGCUGUCUCCAGCGACAAAGGCACUGUUCAUGUUUUCAGCCUUAAGGUCAAUCUAGGGAACAGGAGUACUGACAAGUCAAAUUGUUCUUCCAACUUCCGUGUUCCUGUGGCAGCCUCUAGUUCUUUCUCCUUCAUCAGAGGAGCUCUUCCCAAGUAUUUUAGCUCAGAAUGGUCUGUGGCUCAAUUCCGACUGCCUGGUGUUUCUCAAUACAUUGUUACAUUUGGCAACGAAAAUAAUACACUUAUAAUUCUCGGCUGGGACGGAAGCUUUUUCAGAUGCAAGUUUGACCCAGCAUCCGGCAAAGAGAUGACUCAGUUGGAAUAUCACAACUUUCUGGAGCCUGAAGAACCUUGUAAUUGAAAGUAUGGAUGACGUUCGUGACCAAGAAGGAUACUAUGGCUUCCCAAUUAGCUUGCCUUUCUUUGCAAAUAGUAGGUUAAAGGCUUUUUAAGCACAGCAUAUAUAGCUUGACAUAACAUAGCAAGUUAGCAUA